UGCAAUUCUCAUCAGUGAAAGUUGCGCUUUUGGCUCUCGUGCUACUGCUCUUUAAUCACAAUACAAGUCUGGCGAGUAGUUCCUCGUUCCUUGCCAGUGGAGUCAUCAAGAUUUCCAUUUCUCGGCCAAUAACAGUUCCUCCCACCACGUGCCCUAAUGGAACGCUGUUUCACAAGAAACGCUGUCGGAUUGUGUUUUAGAAAUGCACUAAAAUUAUCUUUUUUUGGAAGAAUAGUUUCAAAUUAAAUCCAAGUAAUCGUUUAACCCUGUUUAGAAAACAUUUCAAAAUUCGAUGUUUCAAAAUUUAAAUAUCUAGUACAGUGAAACUCCAAUAAACAAUGGUCAAUGUCAUCACGGUGGUGGCGCCAGCUGUUCCAGCGAAUGAAACUCUCCGGACGCAAACAACAAUCUGUUCUUGAGACCGUCGGUCAUCGGAGAGUCACUCGAAGUCAAGCAACUGCCCUCUUGCAAUGUCUGGAGUACGUUACUGAAAAUGUUUCCUUCUUCGGACUAUUCCUGUCCACCGGCCAGAUGGACCAAGUUGACCAAAUCUACCGCAAAAUCAAAUCCGGCGACUCCGAGCUGAUGGACUACCUCGUUGAUACCAGCGCACCCCGAGAGUGUGCCAUUGCGAUGCACCGGUUCUUCCGGACGUACAAGAUAACCAUCCUGCCAAAGCGAGCUCUCAGUUUGUUGAGUGCCCGCAACGACGGCAUCCCUCGCCGGUUGGUCGCUCUGGACGUCCUCAACCUGAUACACCACGAGUCCUCGUCCGGCAUGAGACUACAACUAGCGACGGCGUACCUUCGGAUGAUGCAGCAGCUGACCCUGCGUGGCUAUCUGACGCCCAACGAAAUCCGCAUCGUCAUCAGUCCGUACGUGGCCGCUCCGGUGCUGUUGCCCGGCCCGAACACGAUGCGGGACAUUGCCACCAAGUCGGCCACGCUGUUGGAGCUGUUUUUGAACGUUGACCUGCUGGAUGAUCCAGAGCGGCUCUCGGAAGAACUUGGCAGGGAGUCGGCCAGAUUGCAGCGACGACGGCAGUGUCGACGGUGUGGAGUGGUGACUUCAGAACAGCGGUGACCUUGUAAUAAAUGUUUAUAAUGGGGGUUUGCGUGAAGUAUUUAGCACGUGUUUGUUCCUGGUUGUGGAAUGACGGUUUAUGGUGGCCUAAUUAACGCAUCAAGUCAAAUCA